CACAACCCUUCUGCAACCUUUUCAUUUCUUAAAUAACGAUCAAAACCCGCCAUUUUUAGUUCACGUUUCAACAAUGGAUUGGCUUGCAAUGAGAAGGUGUUCGAGAACCUCUUCAACUUUUAAAGUCCUUCGCCUACUCUUGUUGGGUCAACUAGUUUCUUUAUCCACAGUGUUCAUGAGUCUCACUACUUCUAUCAUAACCCAAGUACUUGGUGUUGAUGCGCCUCUAACACAGAGCCUGUUUACCUAUGCAUCUUUAGCUUUGGUUUUUGGAAGCAUAUUGCUUUACAGGCGUCAUAAACCUCUGAUUUCUUGGUAUUGGUACGUGCCAUUAGCUUUUGCUGAUGUUCAGGGGAAUUAUUUAGUUAACAAGGCAUAUCAAUAUACCUCCAUUACUAGUGUAACAUUACUGGAUUGUUGGACAAUACCUUGGGCCAUUAUUCUCACAUGGAUCUUCCUAGGCACACGAUAUUCCCUUUGGCAAUUAAGUGGCGCAAGCAUGUGUGUGCUAGGCCUCUGUUUAGUACUGCUUUCUGACUCUUGGGUUGGCGGAGGAGGUGAUAUUAAUGAUGGAUCAAGACCUAUCUUGGGUGAUGUACUUGUGAUUGUAGGGACAUUUUUUUAUGGAACUAGCAAUGUUGGUGAAGAAUUUUUCGUUAAGAGAAAAGACCUUGUUGAAAUGGUUUCCAUGCUUGGUGUUUUUGGAUUCUUAAUAAGCCUUGUUGAAGUAUCUGUUAUAGAAUUGAAGACUCUAGCAUCUGUGAAAUGGUCUGUUGAAAUUGUACUUUCUUUUCUUGGCUAUGCUCUAUCAAGCUUCAUGUUUUACUCAAUAGCUCCUUUUGUUUUAAAGAUGAGUGGAGCAACAAUGUUCAAUCUUUCUCUUCUAACAUCUGAUAUGUGGGCAGUGGUUUUUAGAGUCUUUCUUUAUCACCAAAAGGUGGAUUGGUUGUAUUUCCUCGCUUUCGCUAUUGUUGGUAUCGGUCUCGUCAUUUACUCUCUAGUAGAAAAGGAUUCUGUUCCUGCGCCUACCACCGAGGAUGAUAAUCUAGAUACUGAAUACCAAAUGAUUUACGAUGAAAGCACACCAUCUGGCAAUGAUUCUCGAGGGUGAUGACAUUUUGCACUUGAAAUGGGAAAAAUACAAUCUUGUAGUUGUAGAAUUUUCAAUGCUGCAAUGUUAGUUGUUGUUCCAAUUGGGAAACUAAUCAACACUUGAGAGGAGAAGAAAUGAGAAACA